UAUUUAUUAUCCAUUUUAGCUUAUACAAAGACACCAAAAAAACUAGCACCAAGCAGUUAAUAUAAAUUAAAGUCCCACAAUAAUACUGCAGAGCAAAGACUAGCAUUCUGUUUAUAGUUUCUCCAUUUGUUUUCCCUCCAUUAGGAUCAAUGGCUGUGAUAAACUCUCUUUCAACACCUAUUCUAAUUACCAAAUCAUCUUCCACAAAAAGGACAAGGCUGCCUGCUCAGAGACACUUGGUGUUUGCAAGUAGUGACAAUAUUUCAAUCAACACCUCCACAACAACAACAACAACAGCUACCACUAGUGAAAUUACAACUACUAUUAGUCCACUUAAGAUGGGAUCAACUUCCAGCAACAUGCUAAAGGUAUUUGAAGAUAAGUCAACGGGUGUAGUUUGUUAUAGAGAUGAGAAUGGAGAGAUCCAAUGUGAAGGAUAUGAUGAGGGCCCUCGUUUCUGCCACCAACUGCCUAUGUCUUCUACUAAAUCAAGAGAUGAAGAGAUUAUAGAGCUCCUCCAACGAAAUUGGCUUCAUAUAGCUGGUGCUGCUGAAUGAACAGAUUUUGUGCAAUAUCAACAGACUCAUGCUGAUAAUAACAAAAGAAACAGAAUAAAGAUAGCUUGUUUCUGUUUCCAAGCCUACUUGUUCGGUUUUUCUAAUAGUAUCAACAAAAAAUCGACAAUGUCUCAAGUCCAAACUAAUUAGCUACUGUUAUAUGAAUCUUAUGUCUUCAUUCUGUUCCAUUCAGACUCAUAAUCGUCGUUCUAAUAGAAUGUUUUGACAAAAAGAAAAGAGAUAUUGACUUGCUUG